AUGCACAAAACCCGUAUAGCAGCUCUGGAGAAUCAAAUGAAAAUGUUGAGAGAAACUAUGGUGAAUGCGACGAGGCAGCCGUUGAAGAUUCACGUUAAAUGUAAGAAACUUCACGUAAAAAUUCGUGACGGCAAACGUGGAGUCAACACAGGUCAGGCUGCUGAUGGUGGACCUGCCACGGUGACCUGGACUCAGGAACAAAAUAUCACGCAGGAAUCUCCUUCACUUGAUGGCCUGGUUCAGGAGGUCCAUUCUACAGUAGAAGAUAUUCCAGCGAACACAUCUCAUUUAGAGAUAAAAACUGCAGUGGGGAGUGAGACCUCUUCAAGAGUGGAAGAUUGCGAUGCUGAUCACCACUCUACUUUAGGAGAGAGGGAGGUAUGCCUAGUCCAAAAAUCUUCUUCAGAUGUGGCAGACGAUGACUUGGCUAGAGUAGCCACCUCGUCAGAACAGACAGGCACGCCACGUAUGGGAUAUCGUAGCCGGGUCCCUGCUGAACUUGCCCGGGUUGAGUAUCAUGGCCUACACCAGGCUGAUGCUUCUGUAGAGGGAUAUCGUGGCGUCAUUCCACAAGCCCUGUCACACGAAGAAGACCACCUCCACACAAUAAGCCCAAGAGAGGAUGACAGUCAUGUGACCAGUGCGACAUUUUCAAGAGCGAGGAAUCCUGACCUAGUUUCUAGCCAGGGUGAAAAGAUUCUUUCAAGAUUGGGGAUACCUGACCUUAUUUCAGAGACUACUUCGAGAUCGGAGAAUUCUGGCCUGGCUAGGCUGACUUUCCCAAAUUUUACAAGCCACGGUCAGAUUCCAGAGACUCUGCCAAGAAUGGAAAUUACUCACAAGAAUCAAAUGACUUACUCAGGAGUUAGGGAAUAUGAUCAGAUUCGAGAGAAUCAUACAAGAAAGAGAAACUGCUAUAGUGCUGGUGCGGAUGAGGCUGAAGCCACAAAGGGAACUGUCAGAACGUUUACGGCGUUAUCCAGCAUACCACCUGGCCAGAUGCGAGAACAUGACCGAAAGUUCAGACAGUGCACAAAUGUCAGUGAUCGUCAGGUCGUGCUGGAAGGGAUGGACGAUACGGCAGAUCUCAUCUCUGCGGCUCAAGACUCUCCAGGACUCCCACAUACACAGUCCACCCGUUGUUGUUCUGACUGUUGCUUUGCUUCGUGUUCCUGCUACGCGCAUGCGCCCAUAUCGAAAGUCUGCUCUUCCGAACCUAAGCCUUGUUUACCAGGUUCAGUCGUUGCGCCUCACAAACUCCAGAAUUUGACGAUGUCUACCAAUAUGUCAGAUGGUAAUUAUUACCGCACAGAAGCCCAAUCCCUUGACCAUCACCGCACAGUAGCCACAUCCUCUGACCAUCACCGCACAUUAGCCACAUCCUUUGACCAUCACCCUUUGGCUAUUUCCCGACCAGAUUCUGCUGCACUUUCUCCGUACUUGUAUUUUAACUCUGUAGAGAGACCUUUCCAAUAUCGAAAUGGUACUGAAAUUUGCGCAUCCGCGCUUCAACCCAAGAUUUCGUGUUUGCACCGUAGAGCACAUCCCAGUAGUCAGACCUCACAGGUGUCUUUUUCUCAUGACCCGCACGUAUUUACUUCAAAGAACCAUGACGAUAUUAAGCACAGCUAUAAUUCAGGGCAGUGGACUGGGUCACAGCAACACAAAUUAACUUUGGAGAACAAGGAUCUGGAACUGGAUGAAUAUCACCCGAGUGAACGAUGUUCUCCUUGGAUGUCGUUCUCUGAAAUAGCAUCCCCAGAGACGCGUUGCUUGCAUUCAGCUCAGAACUUGGGAAAUCGCAAACUUUACAACAAACAAACGUUGAAGUUGAUGGCCGUAAAUCUUCCUGGAUCAGAAAUGGGCUACUUAUCGGAAAAUAAGCCAUGUUUAUGUGAUACCACAGAAAAUAUAUACGGCCCGCAUGGUAACUAUUUCCAGCCAGAUUUCUCCAUUAAGCAUCACAAAUCACGAGAAAGAUGCGAAGAGAGAAUUCAUGGUCGAAUGCAAAGGUUGCGAGAUGAGGGUACAGAUUCAGCUGAAGUUGACGGUGGUUCUCAUGCCUCUUUGAUGUUGUCUGGUCCGAGAAAGACUAUGGACAUUACAGCACAGAAUACAAACUUCACUCCAACAAAGUAUUUAGCAGAUAAAACUGAAUGGCCAGCAUCUUUUAAACACACAGAAACAUUUUCAUCGAACUUUCCUUGUUCCAAAAGUGAACGCCGAUCUCCAAAUCCCCACAUGUACUUAAACCACAGAAGGAUCCAUGACAGGGAUCAGUAUAAAAAUACGAAAUGUGCCCAUUCAGAUAAACAGAGGGUACAGGAGGACGAUAUUCAACAUUACCAAAGCCUACUGCGACACAGACUUGAAAGGAUCCCAGCUAUCGAUGAUACCAAUUCCUCUUGUCCUUACCAGGUUUGCAAAGACCCACAGGUUUUAGAGAAUCACGACUAUCUCAUUUCUCAAACACCACAUGCAGAUCAAUGCUCUUCCAUUUAUCAACAACACGGCUCCCAGUCACACUCUUUAUUAUCUACUCAGUAUAACCCGUAUAUUCAUAAGGAUGUUACAGGCGAACACAUGUCUAUUAACUAUCCUUGUCUUUCUACUACAUUUACUGAAAACUGUGUAGAAAGAUCGCCUUACUGUCACCAAUACGUGCCCCAAGCGGACCAGACUGUUGACCAACUAAGUCCAUCAGCAGUAACUGAAUACCUACCCAAGCACGGAAACUAUUGUAAUUGCUUUUGUUUCAUUGAUGGUUGCAGUCAAAGAAGGCAGAUCGAAGGAAGCCAGGCCUGCCUCCUGAAUUUAAAGUAG